AUGGGUUUUGGCGAUUUCGACAUUCUCUGUCAUAGAACAUAUCUACCGCUGUGCUCACUGGUGGGUCCAUAUAACCACGAGGGACUAUCGGCUGCGGAAACAACUCUGUUUCCUACUGGUAUCAUUCCAGGAUGUUUUGCCAGAACUAUUGUACUAGCAAACACCAUUAUUUUUAAUGUUGGUAAUGCAUUUAUGCACAUUGGAGCUAUUGGGGUUCUGGUAUUAAUCAUAUUCAAUGUUCGCAGCAAAUACACGGCCAUUGGACGAGUGGAAAUCCUGCAUUUUUUCUAUAUUUUUACAGCUCUGACUAUGAUUUCUUUGGUGAUUGAUGCUGGCGUCACUCCUCCCGGUUCUCCUUCUUAUCCUUACUUUGUAAGCAUCCAGUCCGGUCUUACGUCUGCUCUAUGUUGUUGUCUGAUGUUGAAUGGCUUUUUGGGUUUUCAGCUUUAUGAAGAUGAUACUUUCUGGUCAAAAUGGUCACUUCGAGUCAUGAGUUUUUUGGCUUUUGCGUUGACUUUUGUCGUGAGUUUGCUGACUUUCCAAGGUUGGGGUGGUGAUUCCAUGUCACCGACAAAUACCACUGGCUUAUUUGUAGUGUUGUACAUUCUCAACGCUAUUUUCCUAGCUGUGUAUUUUGCUUCUCAGCUUACCUUGUCUGCAAUCAUUUUACAAGACUUGUGGGCUGUGGGAGCUGUUUUCUUGGGUGGCUUUUUUUUUGUAGUGGGCCAAGUUCUUCUGUACGUUUUUGCUGAAACAAUCUGUCUUAGAGUCAAGCAUUACAUUGAUGGUGUAUUUUUUGCGACCGUGUGCAAUCUGUUUGCUGUCAUGAUGGUAUACAAAUAUUGGGAUAUGAUUACUUCUGAAGAUAUGGAGUUUGGUGUCAGCAACAGAGAAGCACAUUGGGAAGUUAAGGAGUUGAUGGAAGAUGACCAACGAUAUGACAAUGGUAGUGAAUACGCUAGCUCGACUUAUGGUCUCACUCAUUUCCAGUAG